AUGCCUUUGCAGUCUGCUUCUCUCUCCCAGGUUCUUCAUUUGGUUUGCGAAAUGGUGAGCCGAGAGAACUUCAGCAACUCUUGGAGAAUUCUAAAAGUGCUUGCAGAUGGCAACGCUUAUGGAGGGCUUGACAUCAACACACCUCGGAGCAGUGAUGGUUGGACGCCGCUCUGCAUCGCCUGUGCGGGGGCUUGCUUGCCAUUGGCCUUCAAGCUCUUAGAGUCCCUAGCCAAGCGCGCACAGCCCGAAGACAAUGAAGAGCAGAGAGAGGACGACAGUGUUCAGACGUUUGGAAUAUGCCGACGCAGUCGCGAUGAGAUAUGCAUGAAUAUUGACACCAAGAAAGAUGCAGAUCCAGAGGACAGCUACAAGGACGUGCUCAGGAUCUCUCGGAAGCAAGCCAAGGAGUUCAGUGGGCUGAAGGUGUUUGAAGCUGAAUCCCAAAACAGCAGCGAAAGUGUGAUUCCACUAGACCCACAUUUGUACUAUUUGUUUGCCAUCAUAGGUGUCAAUGCUUUGUACUUCCUUUUCCGCGUGAUCCUCUCAUGGAGCUCCAUGGGUAAGUGGAACUUGUGCGGGAUGCUCUUGUUCUCUGGGGUCUCAUACUUCACGUUCGGAGCCAUCAAGUCCUCCCUGGAGGUAGGAGCCAACUUCGAGAUGUAUCUGGACCUCUUUAUCGUGAACUUGGCCACCCAAUUCUUAGUGACGUUCAGCAACUAUGGUUGGCUUCUAUACUUGGCGGUGCCUGGCUAUGCUGGAUGGAAAAUUGUGAAGCUGGUCAUGGACUAUGCUUAA